AUGAAGCGCCAAACAAAAUUGCCUACCUCUUUACGUGCUAAAAUAUUCGGUCAGCUCUCCAAAAUGAAUGCUACGGCCACUGAUCAAAUUUCAAGUAUUCCAUCGUUGAAGGAAUCCCAGAAGCAGCCUUCUGGUAGCGAUUCGGAUGCAGAUUCAGUUGGAUCUCUGGCAGACCACCUAGUACGAAUGGAAGAUAUCGAUUUAGAUUCCAACUUCUAUAGCCAGCCAUACCCUGACACGAAAGAUUUUUCCACAAGUGAGACAGGUACAAAAGUAGAACUAAGUGAUGCUGAUUCUGAUUGGGAGGCGGAGAAAACCCUAAGGGUUAGUACCAUGCUAUCGCAGUUGAAUGAUUAUGAACAGAAGUUUAACCCGGUCAUGAGUGUAUGUAAUAACACACAAAAUAAAGUCAAUGAAAAAACCACCCUUGAGCAACCCGAUAAUAUUGUUCAAGUUAUUUGCAAAACUGAAUACGUGCACAAUAAAGAACAUACAACUGAGCAAGGAUCUGGGGACGAAUGGGAACCUAUACACAAUUUCGAAAAUAGAUUAUCAACAGAUAGCAUUGAAGUUGUAGUACGUGAACAACCCAAAAGAUUCAGCAAAGUCGUAGAUGUUGAUGCUCAACUGAAUAGAUUAUUGCAAGACGAACGACGAGAGAAACAGUUACUGCUUCACAAAGUUCAUCUGCUUUGUUUGUUGAGUUACGGGUAUUAUUUAAAUCGCCUAGUCAAUCAAUUAAUUAUAGAAAAUGCAGAUGAAAUUCUCUGUGCGCUGCGUGGUAUUUCUACUGAAGUUCCAGAGCAGUUGGAUUUCAUAUUUCUUCAAACGGUCUGUGAUACGUAUAGGAAAAACAAUAGACUGAAAAAGCUACCGCAAAUAAUAUCAUUUGCAAGAAAAAAUACUUCAAAUAGAACAUCCACAGACGUGUCAUCCAAAGAAGCAUAUGUAGUGCUGUUUGCCGCUGUUUUGCGGUUUUUGUGCGUUGAAACUAGAUUGGUCAUGCAUCUGAAUGUACUAUCCAAAAGUAUAGCCACAAAAAGCAAGCGCCUGGCAAAAUUAUCCGCCAACCAAGAUACAAACGAAACGGAUGUAUCUCUGGAACGCUACCCCAACGUGCCAUUAACCACCGCGGAAAUAUUAAAACGUAAACCGGAAUUCAGUCACUUCUCUCAAAUACCACAAGUGGAUGGAGCCGACGAUCAAGUAGUGGAAGAAAAACGACCGCGUUUCCAUGUCGAACUGGACACCAAACCGAAAUUGUGGAAAUUGAAAAAAAUCAACAAUUCUGUGGCGAGGAAUAAAGCUGGUAAUCGCAAAGAGUUAAUUCCUAAAAAGAAAUCAGUUCUAACCCCCGUUGGUAAGAGCAACAUCAAAGUGGAAACCGAUUCGGUGACGAGAUCACCGUUUUUCGAAGGACGAAAAGUCAUUGGUCAAAAUAAUUUCAAUAAUCAACUACCUAAAGAAAAUGUGCCGUCGAUUUGGGUUGAAGUAUUUUUACCUUCUGAAAAACGUUGGUUAGUGGUAGACAUACAGCCAGGAAAAUACGAUUGUUUAGAUCACGUGGUUGAAAAACUAUCCUCUCCGCCUGCCUAUGUUUUCGGUUGGACCAACGAUAAUACCCUUCAUGAUGUGACCGCUCGGUACUGGUGGAACAAUGAAACCGGAGCAAAGAGACAACGAGUGGCAGAAAAGUGGUUGCAGUCACUGUUGCAUCAUUUCGGAAGACGAAGAAAAACUUUGAUGGAUCUGUUGGAUGUGCAGGAGUUCAGACGACUACGAUUCCGGGCACCGAUACCGAAAAAGCUAUCAGACUUCAAAAACCAUCCAUCGUACUGCUUGAAACGAGAUCUGCUAAAAUUCCAAGCAAUUUAUCCGCCGGAAGCUCCACCACUUGGUUUUCUGGGGGACGAACCCAUUUAUGCACGUAAGUGCGUUCACACGCUCCACUCGCGCGAAGUUUGGUUACGCCAUGCUAAGGUUAUUCGACUUUACGAACAACCCUAUAAAAUCGUCAUGUCAAAAUUGAAACGAGAGAAAACGGAAUUGGAAUUGUUCGGCUACUGGCAAACAGAAGAAUAUGUUCCUCCGGAACCAGUAGGCGGACGGGUGCCGCGCAACGCUUACGGAAAUAUUGAAAUUUUCAAAGACUGCAUGCUGCCCAAGGGAACUGUUCAUCUGAAACAGAUCAACAUAUCUAAAAUCUGUCGGAAGAUGAACGUGGAUUACGCCAUCGCUGUCGUCGGUUUCGGAAUCCAUGCCGGAGGCAACCACCCGGUGUUUGAUGGUAUCGUUAUUUGCAAAGAGUUCGAACAGCAGGUGCUUGAAGAAUACGAACGAGAUAAGGUGGAGCAAGAGCUGAGAAAGCAUUUGAGGCGUGAGAAAGCUAUUUACGAUAGAUGGAGAAGGUUGAUUAAAGGAUUAAUAAUAAGAAAUCGAUUAAAAUAUCGAUAUAAUUUUGAUUUGUAAAAUGCAAGCUUUUGUAUUUAACAGAUUAUUUGUAGAGAAUCGUUUAGAACGAAUAAAACAUAGAAAAUAUAUUUUUUCAAAAGAAAUCAACACGUUUUG